AUGUGUAAGGAUUGUAAGGUUAUCCCAAGUGAGAAUCUUGCGACCCAGCAUAGACUUCUAGUGAUGGACUUGGGUAUCAAGAAGGGCAAGAAGAGACGGGGUGGGGAGGGUCGUCCUAGAGUUAGGUGGGGUGGACUGACUCCAACUAGUGCUCUAGAGAUAGGGGCGAAGUUGGAAGGGAUGGGAGUUUGGGAGGAUAGCGGGGACGUGGAUAAUGUUAAGAAGAAGGUAGAGACGAAGAAGGCGACUUAUGUUAAGUUGGUGGAGAGUAGGGAUGAAGAGGAAAAACGGGUUAGUAUGGAGGAGUAUAAGUUAGCUAAGAAGGAGGCUAAUUUAGCAGUUUCAACUGCUAAGACAGCAGCUUUUGAGAGUUUAGGUGUUGUGCUAGGGGAGUUGGAGCAUACCGGGGAGUGUCGCGAUUUCGGCUAUUGUCGGCGUUUUAAAGUAGAGGAGGUCAGCGAGGCUAUUCGCAAGAUGCGAAUGGGCAGGGUAACGGGGCCCGACGAGAUUCAGGUGGAUUUUUGGAAGUUUUCUAGCGUGGCUGGGUUAAGGUGGCUGACCAACCUGUUUAACAACAUUUUCAAGUCCGCGAAGAUGCCUGAGGCGUGGAGAUAA